UCACGAUGAUGCUUCUAGGCUCAAACUGAAAGAUGUAACUACGACGGAAUUGAACUUGACAGAGAUUCCUAAUAUCUGUCCCAUUCAUCAGCCGCGCAUAAAUUGAGCGUCGAACUCCCCAGUUUUUUUCCUUUCCCCACACUCAAUUUCUCUCCACUUUUAAUUCUCCUUCCCCACAAUCAUCUUCUCUCCACUCAGAAUUUCGAGCAAAACACUGUUUUCAAUCCCUUCUGACCCCACAUCUACCUACAAACAUGUCUUUUGGCGAUUGGGGUGUCGCCUUGAUCGAGGAGGAACUCAGGAAAACUCUCAAUAUGGACACACUCCUGGCAUCUCAUCCGGUCAUGGAUAUGCCUAAUUACGACGACUUUGAUGCUGGCCCAAUUGAUUAUACAUUCGACGCCAACGGCAUUUCGUUGGACACGUUCAUGGUGCCAGAUCCGUCAAUUCCCACAUCUGCCACUGACUUCGGGGUUGAAACCAAUGGAUAUUCGUCCAAUGUUGAUCCGGCCAACUCAUCACCAAUGGCCCCUCCUCCUCUUCCCGUUCAAUCUGCCGGAAGUUUGGGAGUAGAGACAAACAAUUCCACAAACUUCAACAUUGACCCGGUCAUCAUCCCACAAAUGGCAUAUCCAUCUCUUCCUGUCCAACCUGCCGGAAGUUUGGGACUAGAGACAAACAGUCCCGCAACUGAGGUCAACAUUGACCCGACCUUCUUUUCACCAAUGGCAUAUCCAUCUCUUCCCGUCCAAUCCACAGAAAACUUGGGAAUCGAGACAAACAACUCCACACCAGGGUUCAACACUGGCCCGACCAUCUUUCCACUUGUGGAAUAUUCAUCUCUUCCCGUCCAAUCCACUGAAAACUUGGGAAUUGAGACAAACAACGCCACAACCAACUUUAACAUCAAUUCCACCGCCUUUUUACCAAUGGCAUAUCCCUCUCUUCCCAUCAACUCUGCCAGAAGUUCGGGAAUCGAGACAAACAACUUUAUACCGGCGUUCAACAUUGAACCGGCGCUCUACCCAAUCAUGGAGUCUCCUCCUGUCUCCACUACUAUGCCUGCCGAGACCGCAGGACCAGCAAUGCACGGGGGCGCAUCUUCCAUAAACAGCGCUCCUGCUCCUGCUCCUGCUCCUGCUCCACCACAAGUGCCAUCCGCGCUUCCUUUUUACGUCCAUCCCACAUUCGUCGAGGAUUAUUCAAUUGCCGCGACAAACAACAGUAACAACAACAAUAAAAGGAAGCAGGACAUGCCGGCGUCUCCAUCAAGCUCAAGCGGCUCGUCAAAUGCGACAUCAAGCAGUUCUACCAGGACCAUCUCCACCCCUGCUACUAGUACCGCCCUCACUAGUCGUACUACUCCCAGCCCUCGACGGCGCCGUUCCAUUCGCCGCGCUCACAUUGUGCGCGCUAGAGCAUCACGCCGCGCCAACAUUGUCAACCAUGCCCCCCGCAAUGCUGUCACUGGCUGGGCAAACACCACUCCCGGGAGGGAAUAUCGACAGGCGCCCAAUGCAGUACUCCGCACGUACCUUGGCGGAAGGCGCGGACCUGGUCAACUUUAUCGCCAGCGUCUUGAAGCUCAUUAGCAUCUGGUCCUAAUGCUUAUGCUUAUGCUUAUGAUUAUGGUGGAGCGUAAGCGACAGUCACUGGGGUCUCAAUAACAUUUUUUUCUUUUCUUUUGGGGUUUGGGAAUUCGGUUCUUGGUCAUCGGCCAUUGGCCUCUAUGUUUUGGGCUUUUCGGUCACUCUAGAAAACUGGAAACAGGAGUAUAAAAGGUACACGCAUCGGUCGGUCAUGCGACCAUGCGAGCAUGGGUCAUAGACUUGGGUUAUAGAAAAUUCAUUUCAUUUAUAAACAUUCUUCCUUUGGCGUAGUGUUCUUUGACCCGUUUGAGUUGUCAUCACAUUAUUGCAAUCACGUUGACGCA